GAGUAGCAGGACGUGCUGGAGGUUUCGGGGGCCCGUUUGGAGCUUCUUGGGGGGACCCGCGUGUGGAAGGAAGGCGAUCUCGAGCUGCCCGGGGCCGUUCCUGGAGCUGCGUUCCUGUCCUUCUGCUGGUGCCAUCCUUGCCCGGCUGAGUGGAGCUGUGCCCAUUUCCCAGCCUGGCUCAGUGAGUCCCUUUGCCCGCUGGGCCCAGCUGACCACUGGCUCUGUACUUGCCCAGGGGUGGGGUAAGACAGCAGUGGCUGCUGCGAGGGCUGUUCUUUUUGCAAUGGCUGCAGAUGUGUCCCAGCGGGUGCCGUGCCAAGAAGGCAAGGUUGGUCUGGCUUAUUUGGCAGGUCUGUCUCCCCGUGCCCACCAUUAAGGUUGGUUUAUGAUGGGCGCUGUCUUCUUGCCUGCUGACUGGAUCCUCUCUGUGGCCCGCUGGGGUAUCGACAGGGCACUGUCUCUGACAUGACUGCCAGCUUGGCCCCAGUUGCCCGCUGUAGCAUGGAUAAGGCGUACAUUGCACUGGAGUUGGGCAUUGCUGUGCUGUCCAUCAUGGGCAACGUCUUGGUCUGCUGGGCCGUGGCCAUCAACAGCACCCUGAAGAACGCCACCAACUACUUUCUGGUCUCGCUGGCGGUGGCCGACAUCGCCGUGGGGCUUCUGGCCAUUCCCUUUGCGAUCACCAUCAGCAUCGGCCUGUAUACCAACUUCCACUGCUGCCUCUUCCUGGCUUGCUUCGUCCUGGUGCUCACCCAGAGCUCCAUCUUCAGCCUGUUGGCCGUGGCUGUCGAUCGUUACUUGGCCAUCAGGAUCCCUCUGAGAUACAAGAGUCUGGUGACGGGGAAGCGAGCUCGGGCCCUCAUCGGCAUCCUCUGGGUCCUCUCCUUCAGCAUCGGCCUGACGCCGCUGAUGGGCUGGAACGACUGGGAGAAGGCCACCCGGAACUGCACGAGCCCCGCCAACGAGACCGAGAGGGCCGACUGCCUGGUCGAGUGCCUCUUCGAGAACGUGGUCACCAUGAGCUACAUGGUCUACUUCAACUUCUUCGGCUGCGUCCUCCUGCCUCUCCUGAUCAUGGUGGGCAUCUACAUCAAGAUCUUCAUGGUGGCCUGCAAGCAGCUGCGCCAAAUGGAGCUCAUGAGCAAAUGCCGGACCACCCUCCAGAAGGAGGUCAACGCCGCCAAGUCGCUCGCCAUCAUCGUGGGCUUCUUCGCCUUGUGCUGGCUGCCCCUCCACACCCUCAACUGCGUCACCCUGUUUGGCAAAACUAAAAACCCCCUGUGGGCGAUGAACUUGACCAUCAUUCUCUCGCACGCCAACUCGGUCAUCAAUCCCAUCAUCUACGCGUACAGGAUCCGGGACUUCCGGUCCACCUUCCGCAAGAUCCUCUCACAUCACAUCUUCUGCAAGGCCGAGGACUUCCCCAAAUACCCCAACAAUGGCAACAGCACCCGUGAAGUCACCGUCAGCAACCUCAGCGCCGCCCGCGUCUGCCUCUGAGGCCUGCUUUGGCUCCUCUGGGGUGGGCUGUUACAACUGACCCAGUUUUGGACUAUAAUUUUUCUAGUUGGUUUUAAUUUUUUAAAAAAUGUCCAUGCCUCUCAGAGGAAUCCUAACUUACGUGCUGUCUGAGCCCUUAAUGCAGUGGUUCUCAACCUGUGGGUCGUGACCCCUUUGGGGGUCGAACGGCCCUUUCACAGGGGUCGCCUAAGACUCUCUGUAUCAGUGUUCUCCAUCUGUAAAAUGG